AAACAACAAAAAAAAUGUCACCUUUUAAUUUAUUUGUCAUAUAUCAACUGCUCUAAACAAAUGUGUACAUUUUGUUUCAGAUACAAUCACACUCAAUGCAUGUUCAACUUAAAUCCACAUUUAUUUAGACUGCAAUCAUCAAAUGUCAAUUGAAGUCACUAUAUACAAACAUUUCCCUUCUUAAAAAUAUCAUCAAACCAUAACACAUGCUCCUUGUUCUCCAGAAUUGUUUAGCAGAGGAUGUAUUAAACAAAAUGUCACAGCAUUCAUGCAUUUGCACAGCACUUUUGAAACCUCUCUUAGUUUACAAACCUGCCAUCAAUUUUCUUUUGUUCAAAUCAUACCUGCAAUGCAACCAUUUCAAUUGAUAAUAGAGUAAUGACUCAAGCUUAUUAUAUGUCUAUACAUAUACAUAUUAGACAAAAUCCUUGCUUACUAUAUAUAUUGUUAACAUGUCUUAGAAAGUUGUAUCUACAACUUGCCAAAAGCCAUUUCAAUUAACUGAAGGUGGAAUGGCACUUGUACAUGAAACUUUGAUUCUUUUGUUACUAACCUUCUCAACCUGGUGUUUCUCAACAUCAAUCAGCACCAAUUCUUCAACAACCACAUCCUUGGCUAAAUUACCAAAUGCUACAACUGCAAAGCCUAAAAGAUUGGUCACCAAACUCAUUCAUCAAAGAUCUGUUCACCAUCCACACUACAACCAAAGUGAAACAGCCAAAGAAAGGAUCGAACUCGACAUCCAACAUUCCAUUGCACGUGUCACGUAUUUGCAUGCGAGGAUUGAAGGAACUAUGGCUGCCAACGACCAUAGGACUCAACUUUCUCCCUCCUCGUCUGGUAGAACGAUAAUGGCAAAUAUCUCGGUAGGCCAACCUCCCACCCCACAGCUAGUUGUCAUGGACACUGCCAGCGAAAUCUUCUGGAUUAUGUGCAACCCUUGCUCGAAUUGUGAUCAGCAUUUAGGUCAACUUUUUGACCCUUCAAAGUCUUCCACCUACACCCAAUUAUGCAGGACACCUUGCGGCUUUCGAGGCUGCAAUUGCCACCCCUUGGAUAGGUCGCCAUUCAGUAUCACUUACGCAGACAAUUCCUCAGCAUCGGGAACCCUUGCCUAUGAAACGUUAGUCUUUGAGACAUCUGACGAAGGUUCCAUUCAAAUACCAAAUAUAGAAUUCGGGUGUGGCCGCGACAUUGUGUACAAUAAUGAUCCAGGGUAUAAUGGAAUACUAGGACUAAACAAUGCACCUAUGUCUUUGGCAUCACAAAUAGGCCAUAAAUUCUCUUACUGCAUAGGAAGCCUAGCUGACAAAAGUAGUAAUUACAACCAACUGAUCCUAGGCGAAGGAGCAGAUCUUGAAGGCUAUCCAACCCAUUUUCAAGCUCUUCGUGGCAUGUAUUACAUCACCAUGGAAGGCAUAAGUAUAGGAGAAAGGAGGCUUGACAUUGCUCCUGCAACUUUUGAGAUAAAAGAGAAUGGCGCGGGUGGUGUCAUCAUUGACACAGGAUCUACGCUCACCUACCUACCUGAUGAUGUGCAAAAUUUACUAUACAAGGAAGUUAGGAAUAUCCUCGGCGGGUCCUUUAGGAAAGUUAUAAUCGAAACUUAUCCCUGGCUAUAUUGCCAUUUGGGGGUUGUGAGUAGAGAUUUAGUUGGAUUUCCAGUGGUUACAUUCCAUUUUGCUCAAGGUGCAGACUUGGCUUUGGACACAGGAAGCUUCUUUGAACAGCUCACAGACAGCGUAUUUUGCAUGGCUAUAGGUCCAGUCAGUGCGACUGGCCUCGACAACCGAUCUUCUGUUAUCGGCUUAUUGGCUCAGCAGAGUUACAACGUCGGAUAUGACCUUGUUAACCAGAUUGUUUACUUUCAAAGAAUUGAUUGUCAACUGCUUAGUGGCUGAUGGAAGUCAAGCGACCAAAUUUCCUGCUAAGCAUUGAAUGAGAGCAGGCUCAGAACCAAAUACUUCUACACUGAUGUCAACAGCAACUGAGCAAGGCCAUGCUAUUUCUCAAAAGUGCAACAUAAAAUUAACUGUUGAAAAAUACAAUGGGAAUUAGAACAAUUGAUUACUAAGCAACUAUUGGCAUCACAAAGAACAAAGUUACAUGCUGUGCGUGUGCAUGUGACCAUGUGAAAAGUAACAAGAACUUAUACUUACAGGCUUACAGCAACAAAAACACGGUUUUUUUCCAGAUAAAAGUUAUGGCCACAACCAAAAAAAA